UAUGAUGAUGGAGCCUCACGAGGGCGAUAAAAAAGUUGUUGAAAAUUUGCGACAAUUUGUUGAAGAAAGGAAUCUCCUCAACGAGCGGCUAGCACUAACUCGCAGAAAGAAAGCCGAGUGUCUCGAAACUCUGUCGCAGCGAGUUGCAUGUAUUUUUUUGACAAAAUCUUUUCCAGCGAAUCAGCAGGCUGGCGAUGACGACGGACCGUGGCUACAAUGCGCAGCUAAUGGCGAGCCAAGUUCUGAAACAAAAACCGAUAUUCUCUGCGCUGAAAUAGCAUCACUCAAAAAACUGGAAGAAAUAUUGAGAGCGAGUGUCGGCAGGUUGACGGCUGGCAUUGAAAAAGGAGUGAAUGUUGAGUGUGGUUCUGAUGCCGCAAAUAGUUCUAUAAAACAUGAUUCUUUCCCCAAUUUUAGUGCGAAUGAUAAUUUGCAGGCAAAGCUUCCAGUACAAAAGCCAAAUAGCGGUCAUAGCGAUGUCCAUGCUUUAGAAUCUUCAAUUGAACGAAAUUCUGGCACUGUACAGACUGAAAAAAACAUUAGUACCAACGAAGAUGUCAAUAACCUUUUGAUGAUCGACUACCUGGCUGAAGCAACAGCGGCCAUCAUUGGAGUGAAACAAAACUCCGCGCGGAGUGGGUAUAAUAUACGUACAACUUCUGCCACGGCAUGUGGGACACUGAGCAACAUGACUGGGCAGCAGCUAGAGGAGCGGAUUAGGUUCCUCAUGGAAGAAGAAGCGCCCAGAAAAAGGCGUAUGAUGGAACAGCUUGAGAGUGAGCUACGCGCAGCUUCAGCACAUCUGCACGCAGCGCUUGCGGCGUCGACGCGAGUUCGCGGUCUCGCCCCGGUAGUGCGCGCCUGGCACGCGCAUGUCACGGCCCUGCAAGCCGCCGUGCAGGAACAACAGAAAAAAUUCAAACAUACCGCGAACUUCAGUAAAUCUGCCCGGAAUGAAUUAACUGUAAACGAUGCAGCACAUUCGCAUCGAAAUAACGCAGUUGCUACAGUGGAAAAUGGCGUCGAGAUUGGUGGUAAAGAUACCCAGAACACGGCAGCUCAUUUGUCUAUCAGCUCGCAAGUGUCAAACAAGCUGACUACAUCAGCGCACGAUGAGCUGAUGCAGGCGACCCGCGCUCUCCUGCUUACCUGCGCUGACAUCGUCAGCGUCGCGAGGCAGCAAACUCCCGCUGAUGAGGGACUCCCUUCAUCGCAUCCUGCAUUGCCUGAUAAUUAAGUAUAUAAAGACGAUGUUUAAUCCAUAUCGCAGACAACCCUGUCUGUCAUCGGCCGGGUUCAUCAGUGGCAGACAUUAAAUAGAAAUGUUUCGUACUGGCACUUUAAUAAAACGUCGUUAGUGAGAACUAUGAAUGUUGCGGAUUGAAAACGUUUAGAAAAUCUAUACAGUCUUUCAAAUUAAAACGUUAUUCAUAAACUAAAGAGGAUUUUAGUGUUCAUGUUCUUGUAUGAUUUAUUUGACUUUUACGUUGUUUUUCCAGGCCAGGCGAGAUGUAUUUUACACGAAAUGCCGCCUCAGUCAUUCUGUUUGUAGGAGCUAUAGUAGGAGUGUGAACGGUUUUCAAAGUUUUCCACUCUAUUUAUUAUUAUAAUGUUGAUAAGUUGUGAUAAAUGAUUAAUCUUUGGCGCCUUAUCUGUCUUGACUCAGAGCACACCAGUGAAAGUUUAUUCAAUUUGAAGCUUUAUUAGCAAUCUUUUCUAUA